GGAUCUGUUGGCAGUGCCAGCAGUGUUAAAAGCACCAGAGCUGUGUUUUACAAUUCUGUAAAUGGUAUUAUUUUAGUUCAUGAUUUGACCAACAAGAAAUCCUCCCUGAAUCUGUACCGCUGGUCAUUGGAGGCACUGAGCAAAGACUCCUCUCCAACUGGCAUCAUUGUGUCAAAUGGGGAUUAUGACAGGGAACAGUUUGCAGAGAACUCUGUUCCUCUCCUGCUUAUUGGCACCAAAUUUGAUCAGAUCCCGGAAAACAAGAGGAAUGAUGUGCUGACCCGCACUGCCUUUCUAUCUGAAGACUUUAAUGCGGAAGAGAUCAAUUUGGAUUGUACAAAUCCACGGUAUCUUGCUGCUGGAUCAUCAAAUGCUGUUAAAUUGAGCCGAUUCUUUGACAAGGUAAUAGAGAAGAGAUACUUCACAAGAGACCCUAGCCAGAUGCAGAGUUUCACCGACAGGAGGCGCUUUAAUUUCAAGAGUUUCCACAAUGAUGGAGUUUACACAUAGACUUUGGGUUGGUGGGUUUAGUCCUGCUUGUAACCUGGACAAGCAUAUGAAUAUUCUUCUGUCAUGUUUCUCUGCAAAGUCCAAUCAGUUUGAGGGUUGUUUUUUAACAUUAACCUCCAGCCUACCUUGACAGAACUAUUGUGAAUUGAUCAUCGCCUGUAUUCUGAGAUAUUUGUAUUUUCAUAUGUAAUGGUAAAAAAUUUGGACUCAAGGAAAUGCCCCU